AAAUGACUGAUGACUGUGUAAUACAUUAAUCAUUAAUGUACAUUGUAAUUAAUGACUGUGUAUUACACAGUCAAUUGUGAAAUGACUGUGUAAUACAUACUCAUAGUCAUUUGAAAUGACUGUCAACUGUGUAAUGUCAAUGUGUAUUAAAGUAUUUCAUUUAAAUUUAAAUUUGAAGUUAAAAACUUAAAAAAAUACACAACCAAUUAAAAUUUUAAUUUUAGAUAGUCAUCUAUUAAUAGAUGACUGUAAAUAAAAUACAGUUAUACAGUCAUUGUAAUUUUUGGAUGUUCGUGAUUUUUUUUGGUAACAAUGUUAUUUAUCUCUAAAUGUUGUCUCUCUUUUGCUAGGUUCUUUUCCACAUCUUUUUGAAAGAAAAUGGAUUCAGCUUCUACAGUUAAAGUUGGUGGCAAAAAGAGAGACCCUUGUUGGAAACAUGGGAGACCAGGUCCAAAACGAGGAGAUGUUUUUUGCAACCAUUGCAAAAAAGUUUUAAAAGGUGGCAUUAAUAGGUUCAAAUAUCACCUUGCAAAAAUUCAAUGCCGAGAUACCACAAGCUGUACGGAAUGUACUGAAGAGGCUAUGAGAGAUGCAAUAGCAACGCUUGAAGCAUAUGAUCAAAGGAAGGCAACAAAAAAGAGAACAGCAGAGGCAAUGGCAGCCCCAAGGGCAGAUUUGAGUUCCAUAGGGUCACAUACAGAUGUGGCGACAUCUGGUUCUUCCCUUGGGCCACGGAUACGAGCAAAGGGAACUUUGGACAGCAACAUGGAAAACUUCUUUAUUCCACGUAACACUCCUGGUGCACAACCUGGAUUGCUUGGCACUGCAUGGAAUAAAGAGGCUCACCAACAAGCCAAGGUGGCGUGUGCUAGAUUUUUUAUCUACAACGAUGUUCCGUUCAAUGCUAUUUCUAGUCCAUCUUGGGACCAAUUGGUCACCGCGUUGACUGUGGCAGGUAAGGGGUUCAAAUCCCCAAGCCAUUACGAGGUAAGUGGACCGUUAUUGCAGGAUGAGGUCCAAAACACUCAUGCAUUAGUGGAAGAGCAAAGGACUAUUUGGGAAAAGAAUGGCUGCACCAUUCUUUCUGAUGGAUGGACAGAUGGUAGGAAUAGGACACUCAUCAACUUUCUAGUUGCUUCAGGAGGACAGUUAGUAUUUUUAAAAUCAAUUGAUGCCUCCAAUGAAGUGAAGAAUGCGGAGACCUUGUGCAACAUGUUGGAUGAGGUGGUGAUGGAUGUGGGAGUGCAGAAUGUCAUCCAAGUUGUGACUGAUAAUGCAGCUGCAUAUGUGGCAGCCGGCAAACUUCUAAUGGCUAGACAUCCGACAUUAUUUUGGAGCCCUUGUGCUGCCCAUUGUCUUGACUUGCUCCUUGAGGACAUAGGGAAACUAAGUUGGGUAAAGAAAGUGGUUGAAGAUGGAAGGAAUAUCACCAAAUACAUCUACAAUCACACAUGGGUCCUGAAUCUUAUGAGAGAGCACACUGAAGGUAAGGAUCUUGUGCGGUCGGGGGUCACAUGCUUUGCUACCAAUUUCCUCAUCUUGCAGAGCAUACUUGCUACAUUGCCCAACCUGAAGCGGAUGUUCGUGAGUGAAAGAUGGUUGGGGAGUCCUUAUGCUACAAAGCCUGAAGCAGAGAAGGUUGUGAACUUGUGAUUGCCAUUUUUGAUACUAAUUUUGCCAAGAUAGUGGAGGAGAUCAUCAAUGUGUCGGAACCGUUGGUGAGGGUGCUACGAAUAGUGGAUGGGGAUCAUAACUCCAUGGGGUAUCUAUAUGAGGCCAUGGAUAAGGCCAAAGAGGCGAUUCAACACUUGUAUGGGUCAAACAAGACCAAGUAUGAACCCAUAUGGCGCAUAAUUGAUCGGAGGUGGAACCAUCAACUCCACCAACAUAUUCAUGCUGCUGCCUACUUCUUGAAUCCCAAGUUUUUUUACUCUCCGAGUUUCAGAGCAGAUGCAGAGGUUAGAAUUGGCCUUGACACAUGCAUUCGGAGAUUAGUUGAUGAUGAGAUCUUUCGA